UCCCUUUGCUGAACAUCGUGGUUAAUAGGAAACCUCACCGGCCACUUUGCGCAUGCACAGCCGCUCUUAAUUGCACACUGAAGCCAUUAGGUAAUAUUUGUUGUUAUCUCAGUCCUUCUGUCACAUUGGUUAGGACUGUCUCUUGGUAAAUCAUUGUUGUGCCGUCUGAAGAGUCUUGGUGAGACGCCUCCUCUGUGCUUGACCGUGUGCGUUAAACGGCGGAUUGCACAACUGCAGCCAAUCACAAGAGGCCUGACUCCACAAGCACAUGUAUGCCGCAAAUGCGUGCUCGUUAGUGUUGUGCUUGUUGGAAGUGGGCUUACCUCCGGUCUGUUUCACAGGACUUCAUCAAGUAGUUUUUACAUCUUUAACGCCAUCUUCGUUUAACAAUGUCAGGUGUGCAGAAGAGCGGUACUCUGACGUUGGUGCUCAUGGUUGCAUCUGCAGCCAUUGGAGGAACUCUUCAGUAUGGCUACAACCUCGCCAUCAUGAAUGCUCCCACAACUUUUAUUCAAACUUUUAUCAAUGAAACAUUCCUGGAACGGUGGGACAUCCAGUUGGAGAAUUACCAGGUGACUUUGGUGUGGACAAUCAUUGUCUCUAUCUUUUCAUUGGGGGGGUUUGCUGGAGCUCUCAUUGCCGGACCUAUGACCAUACGCUUUGGAAGGAAGAACUGUCUGCUGCUGAACAACAUUUUCCUCAUGACUGGUGCUCUCUUAGCACUGACAAGUAGAGCUGCCAAGUCUUUUGAGAUGAUCAUUAUCUCACGUGUUCUUAUUGGAAUCAAUGCAGGAAUCAGUAUGAAUGUGCAGCCCAUGUAUUUUGGAGAAAGUGCACCAAAGCACUUAAGGGGGGCCAUCUCCUUGUCUUCUGCUGUUUUCACAUCAUUUGGUGUUGUGUUGGGGCAGGUGGUCGGACUCAGAGAGAUUUUGGGCAGUGAGCCAUGUUGGCAGUACCUACUUGCAAGUAAUGCCAUUCCUGGCCUUAUUCAGCUUCUAACCCUGCCAUGGUUCCCCGAGAGUCCCAGAUACCUGCUCAUCGACAAGGGGGACAAGGAGGCUUGUAUUAAUGCUCUGAGGCGUCUAAGAGGCUGUGAGGUACAAAGCAGCGAACUUGACGAGAUCCUGCAGGAACAGGCUGAAACCAAAGGCAUGAGGCCGAGCCGACCAUGGGACCUUUUUACUGAUCGGGCUGUUCGCUGGCAGCUCAUCUCUGUCAUGAUCAUCAGCAGUGCCAUGCAGCUCUGUGGUAAUGAUUCGAUAUAUUUCUAUGCAUCGUAUGUGUUUAAAGAGGCUGGGAUAGCUGAUGAUACAAUCCAGUAUAUCACAAUUGGCACUGGGACAUGUGAGUUUACAGCCUGUAUAAUGUGUAACCUGCUGAUUGAACGGAAAGGUCGAAGGUUCAUGUUGAUGGGAGGAUUCAUCCUCAUGACCAUCUGGGCCAUCGUCUUCACAAUCGCUCUUGCAUUUGAGCACUACAUAUCCUGGAUGUCAUACCUGAGCAUGGCCUGCAUCUUCACCUACAUUCUCAGCUUUGGCAUGGGACCAGCUGGAGUGACCGGCAUUCUUCCCACAGAGAUCUUCAACCAGACUGCUCGGCCAGCAGCCUACAUGAUUGCUGGCUCCAUGAUGUGGCUCAACCUGUUCAUUGUUGGAAUGAUUUUCCCAUUUCUAGUGAGCGGACUGAGUGAAUACUGUUUUGUGCCUUUCGGAGCCGUCUGUUUGAUGUCUGCACUAUACAUUGGCUUCUUUCUGCCUGAGACCAAGGGGAAGUCUCUAUCAGUCAUCACACGUGAAUUCCACAAACUCAACUUCAAAGGACAGGACACAAGUUUGGAAUCGCAGCCCCAAGCUCAGUAUCAGCUAGGAGAAGUGUGCCUUUCCACGGCCUUGUAGACAAACUGAAACAAUGAACCCAUGUGUGCCUUACUUGGACCUAAUCUGCUUCAGCUUGAAGUCAUACACUCUGACAGGAGAGCUGAAGUCACUGUGAUACAUUGAUUAACUCCUUUAUCUGGAGUUUAUUUGUUUAGUUUUUUUCUAUGACAUUUGCACAUUGCAUGCUUUGUUGCUCUUUGUCACAGAUUGUUGUGAUACAAAAAAUAUUUAGAUUAUUUUUGAUUUUGUGACUAAAAAGAGAUUGUUUUAUGGAUAAUAAACUGUGUGUUUUUAUGUUAACAGAUACAACUGACCAAAAAAUUGGUUUGUUUUUAAGCUUUUUUUUGUAAA